CUGCAGAUGCGGACAGUAACCAACCUCUCAGAAACAUGAACCCCGACUGGAGUGAACAAGACUGCCGCAGGAACGGGAACCAGGGACUAUUCACCAGAGUCAAAGAUAAUACAGAGAGGCAGGGUUUCACUGAAGCAGAUGAGGGGCCAAAGAUUGAAGCUGUUUACACACGAGAGGAACUCUUUGAUCAUGAACAGUGUGCAAGUUUAAUGCAGCUAAUAGAGCAGACGUCCUUGCAAGGUAAAGCAGCCCCAAUACUUCAGUCUGUCCACAUUAAAAAGGAGGCAACUGAGCUGGAACCUGUCCACUUUACAGGGAAAGUUUCUAAGGAAAAUAAAGUCAAAAUGCUGGAGGAGAAUACAGUUAAGAUGGGAGCUAGCCGUUGUGAUGAUUGUCCUCCUGAACUGGUCUGCAUGAAACCCAGUCAGUCUGUCUCUGAAGACACUUGUUCUAAUGUUGGAGGAGAGGGCACUGUGCUGUCAUCCUUUCAGGGGGAACAGCACACCCCUGAAGAUGGAAAGGAGGAAGGAGCAAUGCCAUGCACUAGCAGCACAACAUCAGAUAUAGGAAGACACAACUCCACUGCAGCACCCCAGGGAAAAAUCUCUUCUGAUGGCAAAAUGCAGCGUAAGAAACGCAGAGAGUCGUCACCCCAAGAUGAAUAUAUGAAGAAACUAGGAACUCGCUCAGUUCAAAAUCUUUCUGUACAAGAUAGCAGACCACUUGCUCUGGGUUAUAUAGUGACUCCACAUCCUGAGGUUGUUAAUAAUUCUGUAACCCAGGGCAACUUCAUUCCCCUACAAACUCCUCAGCAGAUUCCUUCAGAGGAGAUCUUGUAUCACUGUACUGAGUGUGGCACCAAUUUCAGUGACCUGGGAAACCUGAAAGCACACCAACAGUUUCAUAAAGAACAGAAACCCCAUCACUGUACUGAAUGUGGAAAAAGCUUCAGGUGGGUAGGUGGGCUUAAAACACACCAGCGUAUUCACACAGGAGAGAAACCCUAUCUGUGUACUGAGUGUGGGAAGAGUUUUAAACACAAAUUCGGCCUUCAAUCGCACCAGCUAAUUCACAUGGGAGAGAAACUGUUUCACUGCACUGUUUGCGGGAAGAGGUUCAGAGGGUCAAUGAACUUAAAAGUACACCAGCGAAUUCACACGGGAGAGAAGCCUUAUGAAUGUCCUGUAUGUGGGAAGGGUUUUAGUCGGAGAGACCACCUUAGAAUACACCACAGAAUCCACACAGGAGAGAAGCCUUUUGAGUGUACUGACUGCGGGAAGAGAUUUAUAGAGUCAAAUAAACUGAAGAGACACCGUCGAGUUCACAGAGAUUUAAUCAGUUAGGACACUUAAAAAAAAAAAAAAUAAUAAUAAUAAUAUUCAAUUUACAGAAUUAAAGCAUCUCCUCCAGAAAACCAAAACAGACCCAUGUUUUUCUCUUGUCAGUUUAAAUUGCAGGUAAAUGUUAAAAUAUGUGUAAUUAUAAUAAAAUGUAUGCAAAAUGAUUAACAUUUCAUAGCCUGCAAUGUAUAUUAUAGCCCUGUGAUCUACAGCGCCUAUAUAGUUUGAGAGUUGUGUGUGAAUAUACUGCAACACAUGGAAAAGCAGCAGGACGACGGUUACUAUUCAAGG